AUGGCUGAAAUUAAACCAUUUCUGUGCGCCAACAUAGAAAAAUCGUUGUGGCGCAACGAGUUGGAAAAAUGGCUUCGGUCAUUCAAUAUCUAUGUGGACACAGAAGAAAUUUCAUCGGUAAUUAAAAAGCGGAACAAAUUAUUGCAUCUCGGCGGACCACAGCUACAAGAGGUGGUGUACAGUCUUCCAGGCGCGUUAGUGGCAUACGAUGCGACAAAGGAAAAUGAUGAAUUUACUCCUUUGGCACAUGUUUCGCAGCAUGGUGCCCGCCAAGGUGAUUGCUUCGCCGAGUUCUUGCUGCGGCUAAGACAACAAGCCAGUAAAUGCUCUUUUGGAGCCUCCAAGACCGAAAUAGAGGAAAUCUGCGUCGCUGAUAAAAUAAUUGAUGCCUGGGCUAAGACUGCGUUGAAAAAGAAGCUAUUAGCGGAGCUCAAGCUGGAGGAGAUAAUAAAUACUUGCACUGUUGAAGAGCAAGUGAAUCAGCAAUCAGAGGCAAUGGUGAUUCCGUCGGAUGCCGAUAUUGUGAAGAAAAUUGCUGUCCAAACAAAAAGAAAUGACAGGACGAAUGAUGUGUGUGGCCGGUGUGGAGCAGCAGACCAUGAUGAACGCAGUAUGGCAUGCCCGGCAAGAAACUCAAAAUGUAAUAAAUGUUCCCGGUUCGGACAUUAUGCUCGGAUGUGUAAGAUCGCAUUGAAGAGACGUUUUGGAACACCAUAUGAUAAUCAACGCAAGCGACCACGAACCUCACAGUUCCAGGUGCGCGCCAUUGAUGAGGAGGAGACUAAGUGUCACAGCGACAACAGUUGGUCGAACUGUUUUAAAAUAACUGGUGAACCAGAAGGAGAAGAAACCGUAUCAUGUCUUGUUGGGAGAUCCCAGCUGCAAAUAAUAAUUGACUCCGGAUCACGGUACAACCUGAUAAGCCUUCGCGAUUGGCUGCAACUGAACAGUGUAAAUGCGACAGUGUUCAAUGUUCGUAACAACUCGUCUACCCAGUUUGGAGCCUAUGCUUCGGAUGACGUGCUGAGGGUGACUAACGCUUUUGAAGCUCCGAUAAGAAUUCAGGAAAGACCAGAGAUGAUUGCUACAUUUUAUGUAAUUGAAAAUGGUAGACAAUCGUUACUAGGACGGGACACAGCCGUACAACUCAAUGUCCUAAAAAUUGGUUUAGGCGUAAAUAAAGUGGAUUCGUACGCCCAUUUUCCGAAAUGGAAAGCUUCACCUGUGAGAUUGGCCAUAGACCACAAUGUGAGACCAGUGCAGAAGCCAAUGCGGAGAUUUCCGACUGCGUUAGAAGAUCGAAUUGCAGAACGAAUAAGCCAGGCUGUGCAGCAAGACAUUAUAGAGCCAGUCCAUGGACCGAGUUCAUGGAUUUCACCAGUUGUAAUUGCGUAUAAAGGAAGCGGCGAGAUAAGGCUAUGUCUGGAUAUGCGAAGGGCGAAUUUGGCCCUCUCGAGGGAAAACUACCCACUGCCAACAUUCGACAUGUUCAUGACCAAACUACGGGAGGCGAGAUGUUUUUCCAGACUGGAUUUGAAAAAUGCUUAUCACCAAUUGGAACUCGAUGAGUCAAGUCGACAGAUUACCACAUUUAUUACACACAAGGGACUAUUUCGAUAUAAAAGACUGUUUUUCGGAGUUAAUUCGGCUUCAGAAAUUGCCCAGAGGCGGCUGGAAGAAUUGUUAGCAGGCUGCCCCAAUGCUCUGAACUAUAUUGACGAUGUCAUCGUCUUCGGCAAAAAUGAGGAGGAACACGACAAGGCGCUAACUGCGGUUCUGAAAAUCUUUGAUACCCACAACGUUGUUUUGGAUAAGCAAAAAGGUGUGUACAAAACAACAAAACUCAAGUUUCUUGGCCAUAUUCUAUCGGACCAUGGUAUCGAAGCGGAUCCGGAGAAAGUUAAAGUGAUCACAGACUUUCGUGAUCCGAAAACUAAGGAGGAGACAAGGAGUUUCCUGGGCCUCGUAACAUACGUGGGGAAAUUUAUACCCGAUCUCGCCAACACGACGGAGCUACUGAGAAGAUUAAUAAAGGCGAAUACCAAAUUUGAUUGGACCAACAAAGAACAGCAAGCCUUUGAUACGUUAAAGAAACAAGUCGUCGAGGUGACAAAGCUGUCAUACUUCAAUAAAAAUCUCCGUACAUGUCUUAUAGCCGAUGCAAGUCCAGUGGCACUGGGAGCUGUUCUGAGAUAUUCGCAAACGGAGAAAGAAAGCUUGGCACUGGUAUGGGCAGUGGAGAAGUUUUACUACUACCUAGCUGGACUGCAAUUCGAUUUGAUAACGGAUCAUAAGCCAUUGGAGUCCAUCUUCAAACCAACUUCGAAACCACCGGCACGUAUCGAACGUUGGUUACUACGCCUACAGUCCUACCGAUUCCGAGUCAUCUAUAAAGCAGGAAAGGAAAACAUCGCAGAUUCCGUGUCGCGUCUUUGUCAGCUUACAGAAGCAGUAGCUUUCGACUGGCAGGAUGAGCAGAUUAUCUUUCAAAUUGUAGCCAAAGGAGUCUCAAAGUCUCUAACCAUAUCGGAAAUCAUGGAAAAAAGUAUGCAGGACGAAGAAAUAAUUGAUGCAAUGACCUAUCUUAGCACCAACUCAUGGGAGGCGAACUCAUCCAGUCCAUAUUAUCUGUUCCGAUGGGAGUUAUCGACAGUUGAAAAUGUACUCUUACGCGGAACGAAAAUAGUUAUACCAACAAUACUACGAUCGCAAGUGCUCGAACUGGCUCACGAGGGCCAUCCGGGUGAAUCGGCUAUGAAACGAAGAUUACGUUCAAAGGUGUGGUGGCCAAGGAUCGACCGGGAAGCAGAAGGAUUUGCUAAGGCCUGUAGAGACUGCAUCUCCGUAUCGCUAGCAAAUUUUUGUCGGACCAACGGUAUUACUGAAAUAACGACACCACCAUAUUGGCCGCAGGCGAAUGGCGAAGUUGAAAAUAUGAACAAGUCUUUGGUGAAACGCCUUAAAAUUGCGUGGUCGAAAGUGAAAGAUUAUAAAAGAGAGAUCCAAAACUUUGUCAUGAUGUACAACGUAACACCACAUGGAACCACAGAAGCAGCUCCUUCGGAAUUGAUGUUUAACCGGAUCAUUAGAGACAAGAUACCGGAUGUUCGAGACGUUGUGGGUGAUGUCGGUGAAUCCUCGGAAAGAGACUUGGAUUGCUGGAACAAACAGAAGGGAAAAAAGAAAGCAGACAAGGGAAGAGGCGCCAAAGCAUCGGAUAUCCAACCCGGAGACAAAAUUGUGCUGAAGAAUGUCUUGUGCCCACAUAAGCUGACACCCACGUUUGAUACAACCGAGUACGUGGUAGUCAACAGAAAAGGGAAUAUAGUCCAAGUGCAAGGAGGAGGGAAAACGCUAACCAGGGAUGUGAGUCAUUUAAAAAAAAUUCCAGUUACAGGUACCCAUGAAGCUGCAACGACAACCGAUAGUGUUCAGGGCCCGAGCACACCCAGACAAACGUCCCAAGCACCGGAAAAUGAAGCCUGCGCUCAGGACGAAGGAUUGAAGCUGAAGCUGAAAAAUAUUGGAGGGAUGUGGAGACCCGUGCCAAGGGAGCUUUCGGCGGCCGGCGAUCAACAGACAGAAAGCCCCGCGGCACAAGCCACGGAAUGA